AUGUCAGACCCCAAGCUUGCUCCCUUCAGCUUGCACACUACUACAUAUAAAUCCGUGCAAGGUGUUGAAUUUCCAACCCACAUUCUCAUUCCAAAAUCCAUCGCUGGCUCAACAACCCCGGGAAAAUAUCCGGUCCUUGUGAGAUUUCAUGGAGGAUUUUUAGUCACAGGCUCAGCACUCUUCACAGAAUGGCUUCCUAAAUGGACUGUUGAUCUCGUGGUGAAAAGUGAGGCGAUCUUUGUUAUGCCUGAUUAUCGGUUAUUGCCUGAAGCCAGUGGACAGGAGAUUUUGGAGGAUGUGAAGGAUUUUUGGACGUGGCUUGCGUCUGGCGUUAAUGGACUCUCGUCGUAUCUUUCAGGGCUGAAUAGCAAUCUUUCUGUGGAUUUUGAAAAAGUCGCGGUUUUCGGUGAAAGUGCGGGAGGGUAUCUGGCUAUCCGCAGCUCUCUUCUCCCUGAAGGUUUCUGGGGACAGACGGAGGGAUUCGAUGGUCCAAAAGCGGUGAUGGCAGCGUAUCCCAUGACGCUUUUGAGGAAGGAGUGGUACUCCGAGGCUAGCGAAACGAAAAGUCCUUUUGGAGUUCCACAGAUGGAUGCGGGGUUUUUGGAUAAUCAUAUUGCUGAUAUAGGCAAAGGGGGUGAGAAAAUAGUGAUUAGUGCGUACCCGCCUGCGAGAUUGGAAGUAGCGGUUACGAUGGUGCAGAGAGGAAGGUGGACGGAGAUUUUUAAAAGAGAUGGAGAGGAGGGACUGUGGUUGGAGGAUGUUAUUGAGAAUACGGAUGUUAAGGGGGAGGGGGAGAAGAGACCUUACUUGUUGACGUUUCAUGGGACGAAGGAUUCUGCUGUUCCGUGGGAGGAUACGAAGGAGUUGGUGGAGAUUUAUGGGAAGAAGUUUGGGGAGGAUAGAGUGAAAGGUAUUUGGAGGGAGGGGAUGGAACAUGGGUUCGAUGGGUCUAUCGAUGAGGAGAAGGAAGAAGGAAAGUGGUUAAAAGAAGAAUUGGAAGUGGUUAAGAGGGAAUGGUUGGGGAACUAG